GCUCUAAUGACUGCUGAUUAUCUGUAAACAGCUGCAUUGAUUGAUGAUGUUUAAAGAGGACGUACAGAUGAGUUCUUCCUGAUCACAGGCAAAGCCAUGAGGGGCCGCUAGAAGGAAGGAGAAUGCUUUUCCGCAAUCGCUUCUUGCUGCUACUGGCCCUGGCUGCACUGCUGGCCUUCGUGAGCCUCAGCCUGCAAUUCUUCCAUCUGAUCCCACUGUCCUCCUCUAAGAAUGCAAUGAGCAGCAAAAGUCGAAAGCGAAUUCUGUCUGACCCUGCAACAGAGCCACCCGUCCUGGAUCCCAUCUAUGAAGCCCUUUUGUACUGCAACACACCUAGCGUGGCUGAGCGUAGCAUGGAAGGGCACGCACCGCAUCACUUUAAGCUGGUCUCAGUGCACGUCUUCAUCCGCCACGGGGAUAGGUAUCCACUCUACCUCAUCCCGAAAACCAAGCGUCCGGAAAUAGACUGCACUCUGGUGGCAAACAGGAAACCAUACCACCCCAAAAUGGAAGCCUUCAUCACCCACAUGUCGAAAGGAUCUGGAACCGCGUUUGAGAGUCCCUUACAUGCUCUGCCUCUCUAUCCCAACCAUGCACUGUGUGAGAUGGGAGAGCUCACCCAGACAGGCAUCGUGCAGCACUUGCAGAACGGCCAGCUGCUGCGGGACAUCUACUUGAAGAAGCAUCGCCUGCUCCCUGAUGACUGGACAGCUCCGCAGCUCUACCUGGAGAGCACGGGCAAGAGCCGCACCUUGCAGAGCGCGCUGGCAUUGCUCUACGCCUUCCUGCCAGACUUCGACUGGAAGAAGGUCUACUUCAGGCACCAGCCUAGUGCCCUCUUCUGCUCGGGAAGCUGCUACUGUCCUCUCCGCAACCAGUACCUGGAACGCGAGCAGAGGCGCCAGUACCUGCUGCGCCUGCAGAACCCCAAGCUGGAGGCCACUUUCGAGGAGAUGGCCCGCGUCGUGGACGUGCCCGCCAAGCAGCUCCGUGCCGCCAACCCCGUCGACUCCAUGCUCUGCCACUUUUGCCACAACCUCAGCUUCCCCUGCACCCGCCACGGCUGCCUGGACGCGGGCCACUUUCGCGUGCUCAGGGCGCACCAGAUGCAAGAUGAGAGGGACCGCAAGGAGAAACAGCUGUACCAGGCCUAUGCGCUCCUGGGCGCGCAUCCUCUGCUCAACGACACCGCUGGGCGCAUGCAACGCAUAGCGGCUGGCACCCGCGAGGAGCUCUUCGCUCUGUACUCUGCGCACGACGUCACCCUGUCCCCAGUCCUCAGUGCCUUGGGCCUGGUGGAGGCCAGGUUCCCCAGGUUUGCAGCCAGGCUGGUCUUGGAGCUGUGGCAGGACCGGGAGGAACCCCGGGAACACUCCGUGCGUGUCCUUUACAACGGUGCCGACGUCACUUUCCACACCUCCUUUUGCAGAGACCAUCACCAGCGUUCUGCCAAACCCAUGUGCCCGCUGGAGAACUUUCUGCGCUUUGUCAGGAGGGACAUGCUGGAGAGCCUGGGCAGUGGCAAAGUCACUUACCAUGAGGCUUGUCACAGGGAAGGGUUCUGAAAGGCCCAGGGGCCCGGUACUUUGGGGGUCCUGGCAGGAGAGAGGGCUUGGAAGGAAGGGCCCACUUGCACUUCUUUCUAUUGAGAGGGUACCUGCAGAUUGUCCUGGCAA